ACAGUUCCGGCACGGUUGUUGGCUACGGCGGAUGCUGUGGCCGGGAUGUUGGCGUUCUCCCGGUAGCUCCCGAAUACAGGUCGGGUGACCUCGCUGUCCGCCUCCGCGUCGAGUCGGAACUUUGCUGGUACCCCUGGCCGGCCACUUGGUGGUUGACCUGGCCUGUAGCUUGCUGCCUAACAGGCUUAACCCAAGACAGUAUAAAAAAAAAUGUAUGUUAAAUCAAUCAUUCUCGAAGGAUUCAAGUCCUAUGCACAAAGGACUGAAGUCAAUGGUUUUGACCCCCUCUUCAAUGCGAUCACUGGUUUAAAUGGUAGUGGAAAAUCCAAUAUAUUGGAUUCCAUAUGCUUUCUCCUAGGCAUCUCCAACCUGUCUCAGGUUCGGGCUUCAAAUUUACAAGAUCUGGUUUAUAAAAAUGGACAGGCUGGAAUCACCAAAGCCUCUGUUUCAAUCACUUUUGAUAAUUCUGACAAAAAGCAGAGUCCAUUAGGAUUUGAAGCUCAUGAUGAAAUCACGGUAACAAGACAGGUGGUUAUUGGUGGCAGAAAUAAAUACUUAAUCAAUGGAGUGAAUGCCAACAACACCAGAGUCCAGGAUCUCUUUUGUUCUGUGGGCCUGAACGUGAAUAACCCUCACUUUCUCAUCAUGCAGGGCAGAAUUACGAAAGUAUUAAAUAUGAAACCACCAGAGAUAUUAUCCAUGAUCGAAGAAGCUGCUGGAACCAGGAUGUAUGAGUACAAAAAAAUAGCUGCCCAGAAAACUAUAGAAAAAAAGGAGGCUAAGCUGAAAGAAAUAAAAACGAUACUGGAAGAAGAGAUUACGCCAACGAUUCAAAAAUUAAAAGAGGAAAGAUCUUCUUACUUGGAGUACCAGAAAGUGAUGCGAGAGAUCGAGCAUCUGAGCCGUUUAUAUAUUGCCUAUCAGUUUUUGCUGGCUGAAGAUACCAAGGAACGCUCAGCUGGGGAGCUAAAGGAAAUGCAGGAUAAAAUAUUAAAGCUUCAAGAAGUACUGUCAGAGAAUGAAAAAAAGAUAAAGGCUCUCAAUUGUGAAAUAGAAGAAUUGGAGAAGAGAAAAGAUAAGGAAACCGGAGGCAUCCUCCGAUCUUUAGAGGAUGCUUUUGCAGAAGCUCAGCGAGUUAAUACUAAGUCUCAAAGUGCAUUUGACCUCAAGAAGAAAAACCUAGCCAGUGAAGAAACCAAGCGCAAAGAGCUAGAGAAAAACAUGGCUGAGGACUCUAAAGCAUUAGCAGCAAAGGAAAAGGAAGUUAAGAAGAUAACCGACGGACUGCACGGCCUUCAAGAAGCAAGCAAUAAAGAUGCGGAAGCUUUGGCUGCCGCCCAGCAGCACUUCAAUGCGGUGUCCGCUGGCUUGUCCAGUAAUGAAGAUGGAGCAGAGGCAACUCUGGCCGGUCAGAUGAUAGCCUGUAAGAACGACAUCAGUAAAGCGCAGACUGAGGCCAAGCAGGCUCAGAUGAAGUUGAAACACGCCCAACAGGAACUGAAGAACAAACAAGCAGAAGUCAGGAAGAUGGAUAGUGGGUACAAGAAGGAUCAAGAAGCUUUUGAAGCUGUGAAAAAAGUUAAAGAAAAACUUGAAACCGAAAUGAAGAAGCUAAAUUACGAAGACAACAAAGAGGAAAGGCUUUUGGAAAAGCACAGGCAGCUGUCUCGUGACAUCAGUAAUCUAAAAGGAACCUACGAUGCUCUCUUGGCCAAGUUUCCCAAUCUUCGAUUUGCAUACAAGGACCCAGAGAAGAACUGGAAUCGAAAUUGUGUGAAAGGACUUGUAGCUUCUCUGAUAAAUGUGAAAGAUAAUUCUACAGCCACAGCUCUGGAAUUGGUGGCUGGAGAACGACUCUACAAUGUUGUAGUAGACACAGAGGUUACUGGUAAGAAACUAUUAGAAAAGGGGGAAUUGAAGCGUCGAUAUACAAUAAUUCCUCUCAAUAAGAUUUCAGCCAGAUGUAUUGCUCCUGAAACUCUGAGGGUUGCUCAAAAUCUUGUUGGUCCUAACAAUGUUCAUGUAGCUCUUUCCUUGGUUGACUACAAACCAGAACUUCAGAAAGCGAUGGAAUUUGUCUUCGGAACAACAUUUGUUUGUAACAAUAUGGAUAAUGCCAAAAAAGUGGCCUUUGAUAAAAGAAUAAUGACCAGAACUGUAACCCUUGGGGGUGAUGUAUUUGAUCCUCAUGGAACAUUGAGUGGAGGUGCUAGGUCCCAGGCGGCUUCUAUUUUAACCAAGUUUCAAGAACUCAAAGAUGUUCAAGCUGAGCUGAGGACAAAGGAGAAAGAACUGCAGGCUCUGGAAGAGGAAUUGGCUGGUCUUAAAAAUGUCGCUGAAAAGUAUCGCCAACUGAAACAGCAGUGGGAGAUGAAGACAGAGGAGGGAGAUUUGUUGCAAACUAAACUUCAGCAAAGCUCUUACCAUAAGCAGCAAGAAGAAUUAGAUGCCCUUAAAAAAACCAUUGAGGAAAGUGAGGAGACAUUAAAAAACACAAAAGAAAUCCAAAAGAAAGCUGAAGAAAAAUAUGAGGCAUUGGAGAAUAAAAUGAAAAAUGCAGAAGCUGAAAGAGAGAAAGAACUGAAGGAUGCUCAGAAAAAACUGGAUUGUGCCAAAACAAAGGCUGAUGCAUCUAGCAAGAAAAUGAAAGAAAAGCAACAGGAGGUUGAAGCUAUCACUCUGGAGCUAGAGGAGCUCAAAAGAGAGCAUGCAUCUAACGAACAGCAGCUUGACGCUGUGAACGAAGCCAUCAAAGCCUAUGAAGGGCAGAUUGAAAUAAUGGCAGCAGAAGUGGCCAAAAACAAGGAAUCAGUUAAUAAAGCUCAAAAUGAGCUGAUGAAGCAAAAAGAAAUAAUAACAGCCCAGGACAACAUAAUUAAAGAUAAAUGUGCGGAAGUGGCAAAACACAAUUUGCAAAACAAUGAUUCUCAGCUUAAAAUUAAGGAGUUAGACCACAGCAUAAGCAAACACAAACGGGAAGCUGACGACGCUGCUGCGAAGGUAUCUAAAAUGUUGAAUGAUUAUGACUGGAUUAAUGCUGAGAAACACCUCUUUGGCCAACCUAAUAGUGCCUAUGAUUUCAAAACAAACAACCCCAAAGAAGCUGGCCAGAGACUUCAGAAGUUGCAAGAAGUAAAAGAGAAACUAGGGAGAAAUGUCAACAUGAGAGCUAUGAAUGUGCUGACAGAAGCCGAAGAGCGGUAUAAUGAUUUGAUGAAGAAGAAAAGAAUUGUAGAAAAUGACAAAUCCAAAAUCCUUGCAACUAUAGAAGAUCUUGACCAGAAGAAAAAUCAGGCCCUAAAUAUUGCUUGGCAAAAGGUGAACAAAGACUUUGGCUCUAUUUUUUCUACCCUUUUGCCUGGUGCCAAUGCUAUGCUUGCACCACCAGAAGGGCAGACAGUUUUAGAUGGUCUGGAAUUCAAGGUUGCCUUAGGAAAUACAUGGAAAGAAAACCUAACUGAGCUUAGUGGUGGUCAGAGGUCUCUGGUGGCUCUCUCACUGAUAUUGUCCAUGCUCCUUUUCAAACCCGCUCCAAUUUAUAUCUUGGACGAGGUGGAUGCGGCCUUAGAUCUUUCUCAUACCCAGAACAUCGGACAGAUGCUGCGAACUCACUUCACACAUUCUCAAUUCAUUGUGGUAUCCCUCAAAGAAGGUAUGUUCAACAAUGCAAACGUUCUCUUCAAAACCAAGUUUGUGGAUGGUGUUUCUACAGUAGCCAGAUUUACACAGAGUCAAAAUGGGAGGAUUUCAAAGGAGGCAAAGUCCAAGGGCAAAGGACCCAGCUGAGUGCGUGCCAGAAGUUCAGAGUGCGGGCGUCUCACCUUGACCUUUUACACAUGAGCGUUUUCAAGGAUUUGGGAUCUAAAGUUGUUUAUAUAAUAAUGUUAACAUUAUUUCCGUAAGUAAUUUUUUUAGCACCGGUAAAAGAGCAGAUUCCUCUUUUUUUACCUAGUGUGAUUAUGGUCCAAUUAUUGUAGUUGUGAUUGCAUAUUUUUCUUACAAAAAUCUUUUUUAUGUAUUAAAGAACCUGAGGUACAUCGAGUUGGUAAAUUCUGUAUGCAAAUGCCAAAAUACAAAGAAACAGAUGAAGUUAUAGGAUAAAUAUAGCUGAUAGUCAGCUUUUAACUAGUUUAAUUUCUAAGGACAGUAUUAAUGAGUUUUCUUUUGCUCAUAAAAUCAUUCAAAUACAGAGUAUUUAUAAAGAAAGUCACUGGGCCAACAAAGGGGGCACACAGCAAUUAUGCAUACACUGAGCUAUUUGAGGUCGGUCCUUGUAGGGAUGCAAUGCCAGAUCCUUGGAUGGGAAAUGGACCUGGAAACAAUUUUUCACUGUAAUGAUGUUGGACUAUCAUGUUUAUGCAUGUUUAAUAAUUGAUCUUACAAGCUUGAAAUUUGCAUGUUUUUUAUCUUUGAGUAUUUUAGUAGAAACCUGGGAAGAAAUGUGUUACAUAGUAUUAUACCUAGAUUGCUCUAUCUGAAGUCCUGUAAUAUUUUAAGAUUUUUAUCAGAGUUCUCAUAGUCUAUUCAAUAAUUUUUUGGUGACUGUAGGACCUAGCAGAUUAAAUGAAAAGUAUAUUUUAUAAGAGUCCGAUAAACCUAAAUAAGUCUGCCUUUUCUACCAAAAAAGUCUCCAAAGCUUGAUGAUUGCUGAAAUUCUUGGUGCCUUCUGCUUGUCCAGGUUGAAGGUAGACUCCUUUAGAAAGCAGGAGGGGGCCAGUACACACCCUGAGAGCCUGCAGCUCGUACUGACUGUCUCUACAGACAUUUCCACGUCAGCACAGUCAUGCUCAUAAUUUUCAGAGCUCUAAUGUGACCGGACUGAUUUAAUGAUUGUGGCCCUAUUUCUUCCUGAUACUUAGCCUUUAGUGUUUUGCUGUUCUACUUUCUUUGAUGCACCAUACAGGCCCUGAGUUGGACAUUUCUCAAACUUCAUUUGCCAUAUAUAUCUGUGAUGUUACAUAGACCUUAAGUAAUUUGUACCCUUGGACAUUUUGGAAAUUAUUUCAUCUGGAGGGAAGAGACAGUAAGCUGUAAUACUGACUGAGCGAUAGUAAAGAUCACAGAUAAUGAACCUACACAAUGUUUUGUUUUCCAAGGUCUUAUAAACUGUUGGUCAAAAUAGUUGUGUUUAUUUACACUGUCACUGAUACAGUAUUCUAAUUUGGUCACAAUCUAAUCAAUUCCAGCUGCUAAUAUUUUGUAUUAGGCAGUUAUAAAACAGCAUUGAAUUCCGGUCUUAACAAACUACUUUGUUUGAUUUCCUUUGUGUAUAAAUUAUUUCCUUGUAUGCAUUUCUGUUUUAUGUUCUUUUGUUUUUGUAUUAUAUAUAAUUUCACUCUUGAAAUUUUUGUGCAUAUAUUAAAUUUCUGUGAGGCAUAUUAAA